AUGUCUCCUAAACUCCGUGAUAUUCUCUGUUACUCCAUCUUAUUGGGCAGUGCCCUUGUCAGCUCGCUAGAGGCGGAUUCAUUGGAUGCUAAGCAGGUGCACGAUAUGGUUGAAGAUCCCUUGACGACUAAAAAAGAAAAAAUUGCUUUUGCAAAAGAGAUGGUCCAACCCCUACCAAUGGAACAACAAGAGGGAGCCGUUCAGAAUAUGAAACGGAUGAAACGACAAAUAUAUGAGGAUAAAUCUGGUCCAGAGCUUGGCUCUGGACACGCAGACGAAAACAAAAUGAGGACUCGCGGCGCUGAUAAUUCAUACGACGACUCAGACACAGCCGAAAAAUUGUAG